AUGGAGGAAAACGUAGCAUUAGACUCGACGAAACAAAAGAAAUUUGUAAAAUCAAUUAGAGGCAUUAAAAAGUUGAUUAAGAAAAAUGAAAAGAAGGCAGAACCUCAGAAAAAGGAUGAAAAGGCAGGGCCGACUCAGCCGGCCAAACCUUUUAGUAUGAGACUGAAAGGUGGCAAAGUAAACAAAAAUAAAAAGAAGCGCAAGCAGAGGGGUCUCGUGUACCUAGCACAUAUUCCACAUGGAUUUUAUGAGCAUCAAAUGACAGAAUAUUUCAAGCAAUUUGGUGUUGUCACAAACGUCAGAGUGAUCAGAUCAAAGCGGACCGGCAACUCUAAAGGUUUCGCAUUUGUCGAGUUCAAAGAACCUGCUGUAGGACAAAUUGUUGCUGAGACUAUGAACAAUUACCUUAUGGGGAAACGACUGAUCAAGGCUGCUUAUAUUCCCCCUGAGAAACAAAGACAUAAUGCACUCAGAAAGCAUUGGAAUAAUGUGAACAAUCCUACAAGUAACAGGAGAUUGAAAAUUAAGAAGGCAUUCAAUGCAGAUAAAGAUGAAGCUGGUGAAUUAAAAAAGGCAAGAAAGCUUCUGACUAACUUAAAUAAGAACAAGAAGAAACUUAGUGAUCUAGGCAUAAAUUACGAUUUCUUUGCACCAGUAGAUGUGCCAGAAGCACUGCUUAGUGAGAUAGUUAAAGAAGAAAAACUUGAAGAUAAAAAUUCUGUUAAAGAAGAAGAGAAGCCUAAGAAGGGUAAAAAGGAGAACAAACAGAAGGAAGAAGCAAAACCUGAAAUAAAAGAUAGUGGUAAACCACAGGAAGUUAAAGGAAAAAAGAAUAAAAAUAAAAAAGAAGACGGCAAACCAGAAAACCCACCAGCGGUAGCUAAAAAAGACAAAAAGGCAGAAGAUAAAAAAGAAAAUGGUAAAAAAGCAAAUAAGAAAGAUGUAAAACCAGUAAAAGUUGAUGAAAAACAACAGAAACAAAAAGAACAGAAAUUGAAAGAUGCUGGUGUUAAACCAGCUGAGUUUAUUAAAUUAGACAAUGAAGAUUCUGGUGAAGACAGUGACAGUUCAGAUGAAUAUGCAUUUGACUCUGAUGAGUAUGAUAAAAUGUUGGAAAAAAUGAGUGAAAAUUCAGAGUUAUCAUUUUUGAGUGAUGAGGAAGAUGAAGAAUCCUUUGGUGAUGAUGAUGAGGAGGAGGAUGGUGAUAAAGAGGUGGAUGGCGAUGAAGACGAAGAAGAUGAUGACAGUGAUGAAGAAGAGGCACCACCUAAGAAGGUUAAAGGUAAACCUGCUUUAAAAGUAGUACAGCCUGUACCUACCAAAAAACAGCCAUCAAAACCACAGGCAAAGAAACAGUCGCCACCCAAUCCACAGGCUAAAAAACAAGAACAAAAGAAACCUGUUGAAGCUAAAAGGAAAGCACCUACAAAACCAGCAGUUUCACCUAAGAAACCGAAGUUUGAGAAGACAAAUCAAAAACCUAUGAAAAAACAGUUUAAGAAAAAGUAG